AGAGAACCUUCAGGCUUUAUGUUCGCUUCCAUUUGAGAGCACCAACUCUACUGGACAGCAUAUCUGUUCCAUAGUUUGUUUUGAAGCCUUUGUCUUGUGUGCCUGUUUGCCCUUCCUGCUGUUUCCAUCCACAUACCUUUUUCCAGGGAGAAGGGAUAGAAUGCUUCAUUUGAAAUGAGUGAAGAGGACAUCAAAGUUGACAGCACUAAUAGCAUUGAAGAUGAUUUGUCUGCUUCAACUCUCAUUAUGAAGGCCAACAGAUAUCUGGGACAAAAACCAGAUGAACCACUAGUCAUGUUUGGAGACAUUAUAGUAGAUCCUCAGGUCAGGAAUGCUGACCCCUGCACCGCUAAUGAUUGCAAGUGGCCCAAGUCUUCUGAUGGGAAAGUUUACGUGCCCUAUGUUAUCUCUAACCAAUACUCAACUCAGAAGAAGUCCACUAUUGAAUGUGGGCUGCGAUCCUUUCACACUAAAACCUGCAUCCGAUUUGUUCCCCGAACCAAUCAGCAAGAUUUCCUGAACAUAACGUCUUUGUCAGGCUGUUAUUCCUCUGUUGGGCGCCGGGGCAAUGGCCAGGUGUUGUCUCUGAACAGGGAUGGAUGUGUUUAUUUCAGCGUGGUGCAGCAUGAAAUUCUGCAUGCCUUGGGUUUCCACCACGAGCAUACGCGCCGUGACCGCGAUGGCCAUGUUAAAAUCCUGGAGAAGAACAUUGAGCCUGGAAAGGAACACAAUUUCGAAAAGCACAACACAAUAAACUUGCAAACUCCAUAUGACUAUAAUUCAAUAAUGCACUACAAAAGGUGUGCCUUCUCCGUGAACGGGCAGCCCACUAUUCUUCCAAUCCCUGACAAUAAUGUAGCUAUUGGCUUUGCAACUCAGAUGAGUCCCAAUGAUAUUCUCAGGAUCAAUCGUCUCUACAAGUGCCAUAGCAUGACCGCAGGAGUGAUCUGAGAAGUGAAAUGGUGGAGCCAAAUAAUAUAUGAAUAAACUGUGAUACAAAAAUUAUUCAGCAAGAAUAUUUGUACCUUUCUCUGAAUGGUAUAGCACAGCAAAGUACUCAAGGCUAAUUAGGCAUUCUUUUCUAUUGCAGGAAACAUGCAUUUAAUAUUGUUCUGUGUUUAUUUUGGCUUGUGUUUAUUUUUUGCAAAUACAGUGGUGUGAAAAAGUG